AUGAAACAACAAUAUUUGACAAAGAAUCUUACACGUUUACCUCCAGAAGUCACUGCAAUGGUACUCAAAAGCCUACCCGACUUCAACAGCCUUUUUUCAGCGAUUCAGACUUGUCAGCAGCUCUAUAUGUGUUAUCGCGAUGAUGAGAACAGCACUAUCACUUCAAUCUUUUCAACUGUUCUUCAAAACGCAAUUUGCUAUGACCGCCAAUAUGGACUAUUGGGCCCAGCUCUAAUAAUUCAGCAGUUAAUCAUUGCAAUCAAACGCGUUUGUGUCAAGCGGGAUAUUAUUCUUCAGAUUUUCGAAAAUGCUUGGACAUACCUUUAUGAAAGAGAACUUGAAGAGCUACUAAUUCCAAUUGCAAUGGGAUUGGCGUGGUCUUUAGAGUUGGAUGAUCGCAGGCAAGAUGCCAUCAACUUUUUGACACAAAUCUAUGAGCAACGCCCACCGUUUCUCUUAUCUUUGUUCAGACCGUCUCUGAAAAGCGAUCGUCGUACGGAGAAGCAGUCAGAGUCUCCUUAUACUUUUGCACCACUUGAAUAUCUCCUAUACAAACUCAGCAAAGAAAAUAUGCAUUUCUCAGAAGCAGAGACAGAACAACAACUUCUAACAUGUAUCUGGCAUCGAGGAGAAAUGCUUCAAAAACUUCCAGCCGCUCUUAUCUCCCGUUAUGGGAUAAAGUUUUUCAUGACCGAGGAUCGGCUACAAAAUGGAAUCCGCAUCAAGGAAAACUCGGUGUUAGUGAGAAUCAGCAGUUGGCCACGUCCCUGGCCAUUAUCCAGUGACACCGAGAUAAAAGAUCUGUUGAGGUCACUCCAGAAAAAGAAGGCGAAUAAAGCGAGCAGAAGAAGGAAGAGUAAUAUGAGCAUCUAG